UUGCUGCCGGGGAAACGGAGUUCUGAGGGUGUACGGAAUUUUGCCGGUGGACUAGAAACUCCCGCCAUUUCGACCAGAAAUUAACCUCUUGAGUGAUACAAGUUACUUUCUCCUAACACACGCUAACGCCGUUACCUGAUAACGAGAAGUUUUGACGGCAGUCGCGCACAGCAGAUGCAGCUUAAACGGGAACCGGCCUAAUUUGCGAAGACUUGGUCGGAACUGUUCAGCGCGCCAGACCUCCUGCUGAAUUGAGCUUGUUGCCGCGAGUUUAAUUUCGGUGUGGAUUGCAUCCUUUCGUGCUCAUCCAAAGGAGCUAAAAGUUCACCAACUAUCCCGGGAGAGAAGUCAGGCAAGCGAGUUUUACACACCGGAGCAUCCCUAAAACGGGCAUGAAAGCGCUUUUAGAGGAGUGAAGAAUGGUGCGAUGAGGCCGGCGGAAAGAAGCGCUCUAUUAUUGUUUUGCAACGAGAUAGCGACCCAGCCUGCUAGCUAGUCUGCUCCACGUUGAGUGCCGGGCCUGCCGGCGGUAGCCUAAGACGUGCUAUCAAUCGGCGUUGAUAUUUCGCUCACUUGGAUAGAUGCUAAGGACAUACCAUUGUGUAUUACUGCACUAGUCGGACACUAGAACAUCUAAUUGUACCUCGGGCACGUGUGCCAUCUCCGAUUUUGAAAUGGCACCGCUUCUGGGCCGGAAACCAUACCCACUGGCUAAGCCGCUAGCCGAGCCACCAGGCCCGGGAGAGGAGGUCUACAUCAUCGAGCACACCAAGGAGGCCUUCAGGAACAAAGAAGAAUAUGAGGCACGCUUACAGAGGUAUAGUGAACGCAUCUGGACAUGCAAGAGCACUGGAAGCAGCCAGCUUACUCACAAAGAAGCAUGGGAGGAGGAACAAGAAGUCACUGAACUACUUCAGGAGGAGUAUCCCCAGUGGUUUGAGAAGCCUGUCCUUGAGAUGGUCCACCACAACACAGUGUCCUUAGACAAACUGGUUGAAAUGGCCUGGGUCGAAAUCCUCACGAAGUAUGCUGUGGGCGAAGAAUGUGACUUCCUGGUGCGGAAAGACAAAAGUUUACGAGUGAAGGUGGUAAAGAUCCAUCCUUUAGAAAACCCAGAAGCCGAGUCAGGGGAGAAGAAGCUUGAAGGUGCUUGUGACUCUCCAUCGAGUGACAAGGAGAAUGCAAGUCAGGAAAACCAGAGGAAGGAGCCUCCUCCCCGAGAGGAGGAGAACAGGAGGGAGAGUCUGAGUGACCGAGCACGACGCUCUCCAAGGAAACUUCCCACUGCCAUGAAAGAAGAGAAGAAGAAAUGGGUAAUGCCCAAAUUCCUUCCUCAUAAGUACGACGUGAAGCUCAUCAAUGAAGAUAAGGUGAUCAGUGAUGUCCCAGUAGACAGCCUAUAUAGGACAGAGCGUCCUCCAACCAAGGAGAUCAUGCGCUACUUCAUCAGGCACUAUGCUCUAAGGUUGGGCAUGGGAGAAAGUGCUCCCUGGGUGGUUGAAGAUGAACUGGUGAAAAAGUUCAACUUGCCUAGCAAAUUCAGCGACUUUCUUCUAGAUCCACAAAAGUUUUUGGCAGAGAAUCCCUCCACGAAGCGCAAGAGCUUGACAUCUCCAGAAGGUAAACUUAGCAAGAAGCUAAAGACUGCUAACACUCCAGGAGAAGACUCUGGACAUGAGAAGGGAGAGAAGAAGAGUAAAAAGAAGAAAGAUUCUUUAGGCAUGCCCCUUAGUCCCACCAUUUGGGGUCACAUGCAGAAAAUGAACGGGUCUCCACUCAAGGUAAAGAAUUUAGGAACUCCCAAGAAAGAAGGAAAAAGCUCUGCUCCCUCUACUCCAAAAUCUGGCAAAAAGUCAGGCGACAAGAAAGAGGGAAAGAAAACUGGAAAAGGCGGUGAUAAGAAGCUGAAUGUUCUCAAAGCCUCUAAAAACAGUAAAGCUGGUGCAAAAACACCAAAGAUGAAGCAGAUGACUCUGCUGCAUCUGGCUAAGAGCACCCCUACAGGAAGCCCAAAGAAGAGAGCCCGUAGUACUGGCAUGGGCCCGCCUAAAUUGGGGAAGCCACUCCACCCAAUGGCUCUCCACCUCCUUCGUUAUUACAAAGAAAACAAGGGCAAAGAGGAUAAAAAGAACUCCCUUUCCUCCCUCAUCUCUAAAGCUGCAAAGACUCUGUCCCACGAUGACCGUGGCCGUCUACCGGAGGAGCUCAGGGAGCUAGUACAGAAACGCUGGGAGCUUCUGGAGCAGAAGAAGCGUUGGGCAGCUAUGAGUGAAGAGGAAAGGAAGGAAGAAAUGAAGAAGAAGCGUGAGGAGCUCAAAGAGAAACUGAGGGAAAAGGCCAAGGAGAGACGCGAGAAGGAGAUGCUCGUCCGCCGCGAACAAUCUCGCAGAUACGAAGACCAAGAAAUCGAAGGUGGCAAGACCCUGCCCACAUUCAAGCUGGUGGACAUGCCUGAGGGGUUGCCCAACACCCUGUUUGGCAGUGUGGCCAUGGUUGUGGACUUCCUUCAUUGCUAUGCUGGGCUGCUCAUGCCAGAUGACCAGUAUCCCAUCACAGCAGUGGCUCUGAUGGAUGCUCUGGCUGGGGAGCGUUCCGGUUUCCUCUACCUGAACCGUGUAUUGGUGGUGUUGCUCCAGACACUGCUGCAAGAUGAACUAGCUGAAGGCUACAGCGAACUUGACAUGCCUUUAUCCGAGAUCCCCCUCACCAUGCACUCUGUGUCUGAGCUGGCGCGGUUGUGCCUGAGGCCGUGUGACGCUCAUGGUGAAGAUAGCGGCCAGGGCUCAGAGGACUCAGGGGCUCUGGGUGGCUUUGAUGAUGUAGUGACUAGUGAGUUCCUGGACAGGCUUGAGACAAUCGAGGUGUUUGAGCUGAGUCCUGAGGACAAAGUCAACCUGUUGGUGGCACUGUGCCACCGCAUCCUCAUGACGUACUCGGUGGAAGACCACGUUGAUGCGAUGCAGCAGCGGUCAGCUGAACUGUGGAAAGAGCGUUUGGCAAUGCUCAAAGAGGUCAAUGACCGCAAAAAGGCUGAGAAGCAGAAGCGAAAGGAGAUGGAGAGCAAAGGUGAGAAAAACAAAGAGGCGCGUGUUAAAAAGGAGAGUAAGAAGGAAGUAAAGGUGGAACCAGAACCGGAACCUGAGGACAUGAUCAGCUCAGUGAAGAGCCGCCGACUGAUGGCUAUGCAGGCCAAGAAAGAGAAGGAGGAGUUGGACAGGCAGAACAAAGAGCGCAUGGAGAAGGAGGCUGAAGAGGAACGCAUGCGUAGACAGAGGGCUGCAGCAGAGAGGGCCUUUCAGGAUGGAAUAACCAAAGCCAGACUCGUGAUGCGCAGGGCCCCGCUGGGCACAGACAGAAAUCACAACAGAUACUGGCUUUUCUCUGACGUGGUUCCUGGUCUGUACAUUGAGAAAGGCUGGGUGCAUGAAGGCAUUGACUACAACUUCACUCCUCCACCAGAAGACAAACCAGCUGAGCCUGAAGUGGAAGAAGAGGAGGACGGUGAGGUAGUCACUGAUUCACAAGGAGCUGAAAAGGAUGAUGGAAGCAUAGAUGGUGCUGUUAGUGAAGGAGCCCAGCAGGGAGCAGCACCAGAUGUUUGUAUAGAAACUACUGUUCCCAAACAGGGUCAGAACCUCUGGUUCAUAUGUGACAACCCAGCUGAACUAGAAGAACUAGUGGAAAGUCUUCAUCCUCAGGGCGUCAGAGAGAGCGAACUGAAGGCAAAGAUACAGAGCAGGUACCAGGACAUUGUCCACUCCAUCCAUUUGACUCGUAAGAGCAAACUGGGCCUCAGGACAUGUGACGGCUAUGCAGAACUGCUCAAAUAUCUGCGCAGUGACAUCCAGGAAGUAGCUUCUCGUCUGCAGAAGGGAGGCCUGGGAUACCUGGAUGACAACAUAGACAUUGAAGAUCAGUUGAAAGACAUGGAAAACUUGAAAGACUUUGGCGAGUGCAUCAUCACAAUCCAGGCCUGUGUAAUCAAAAAGUUCUUACAGGGCUUCAUGGCCCCUAAACAAAAGAAGAGGAAAAAGCAAGCAAGCGAAGAAAGCAGUAAAGCAGAAGAGGUGGAUGAUGAGAAGAGACUAGCAGAAGAGGCCAGGGUAGCGACAGCAGUGGAGAAGUGGAAGACUGCAAUCCGAGAGGCCCAGACCUUUUCCCGUAUGCAUGUGCUGCUGGGAAUGCUGGACGCUUGCAUAAAGUGGGACAUGUCUGCUGAGAACGCACGAUGCAAAGUGUGUCGCAGGAAAGGUGAUGAUGAGAAACUUAUCCUCUGUGAUGAGUGUAACAAGGCCUUCCACUUGUUCUGCCUGCGACCCGCCCUGUACCGCAUUCCUGCUGGAGAGUGGCUGUGCCCUGCCUGCCAGCCCACUGUAGCCAGACGUGGAUCCCGUUCAAGGAACUAUAACCAAGACACAGAUGAAGAAGAGGAUGAGGAGGACUCUGAGGAGGAGGACUCAGAAGAAGAUGAAGAGGAUGAGGAAGAGAAUGAUUACAAAGCCAUGGGACACAGCUUGAGACCAAGGAAGAAAAAUAAGCAGUCUUCAUCUCGGCAGAAAAGCUCAAAAAGUAAACCUAAGAAGCUGACAUCUUCUAGUAGUCAGAACAGCAAGCAGAGGACCGGCCCCAGCAGCCCCGCAGACAUCGAUGAACUGGUGCGACAGAGUUCCCAAACAGGAGUGCGCAAGCAGGUGCUGGAGCUGGAGAGGUGUGAAGAAAUCCUCAAGAAACUGAUGAAAUUCCGCUACAGCUGGCCUUUCAGGGAGCCUGUUUCUCCGGAGGAGGCUGAGGACUACCUGGACAUUAUCUCCCAGCCGAUGGAUUUCCAGACGAUGCUUGGAAAAUUUAGCCAGGGUUCAUACCGCCACACUCAGGAUUUCCUGGAAGACAUUAAACUGGUCUUCUCCAACGCAGAGGAGUACAACCAGCAGGGCAGCACCGUGCUCUCCUGCAUGGUCAAGACAGAGCAGAUAUUCACUGAGCUGCUCCAGAAGCUGCUGCCUGGCCACAGCUACCUCCGCCGGCGCUCACGCAAGCGUGUCAGCCAGGCCCCUGCAACGUCUGAGGAAGAAGAAGAAGAAGAAGAGGAGGAGGAGGAUGAAGAAGAAGAAGAAGAAGAUGACGACGAAGAAGAGGUGCCAAAGAAGAAGAUGCAGAAUGGCAAAUCAAACAGGAAGGCAACAAGAAAUGGCAGGCGGCAGAAGAAUGAGGAGAGCGACAGUGAAGAGGAGGAAAAUGACGGCAGGAGGAAAAGUAAGCGGACCUCUGCCACAUCAGGCAAGAAGGAUUACAGGGAGCAGGAUAGUGAUGGCGAGCGGGAUACACGGAGAACUCGUCAGCGAGGCGGGCGGGGCGACGCCGACAGCAGUGACGAGGACCGCUCCAGCCAGCAGCGACAUUCCAAGAGACUGAAGCGCUCAUAAAAUCCAGGGUGCUGCUUUGACGUUCGGUCAUCUCUAUUCGCUUUAAAAGUUGGUGUCCUGCUCCUCUGAAAUUCAAAAACCCUUCUCCUCCUCCCACAGCCAGCGGGACUCCAUCCUCAGAAUAUUUUUUUUGUGUUAGUGAAUUUCUGUUCACAUUUUGGAAAACUGCAGAAGAAAACUGAUUUAUAUUUGUAACAUGUUUAUAUCAGUAAUGUUUUUUUGUUUUUGUUUUUUCAACAAAGAAAAAUGAGACAUUUGAGAUAAUGGAGCUCUUAAGACUCUUUGAUUUAAAUUUCAGUUCCAUCUUGACAACCUCACAAGUGUAAUUGGGCUUAAAUGUCAGCUGAACUGCUUUGUCUUUGCUCUGUCCAAACACCAGUUCAGUGUAAUCAGAGGUCUCUCCUCACUCUUGACACACAAAGUUGAGCCAUCACUUUACUGGCAUGUUUCAGGAUGAGUAAAUCUAGCUGUCAGAUGUUUGUCCCACACAUCUCUGUUGCAAGUCAUCGUGUUUUCACUGAGAUGGAAAGAUGAUGAUGUCCACAUCCCCUGUAGGUAGGAAGUCUUUGGUCACCUUAGAACUGGUGGCUGUCACCUGUAAAAGUCUAUAGAUAAACAUGAUAGCAUUUUACUAGUUGUAGUAUUUUUGUCCCAGCCCAGGUACAAAUGUUUUGUCAAACUGGGUUGAGCCUGGAGAUUAGACUUUGUAGUGUCAUCACUUAAGAAAGAAAAAACAACUUUCAUCUCAGCUCUUGGUGCCAAGAUGUGUUCAGGGACCUGACUUGGAAUCUCACUCUUGGUUUGAGCUGACCAGCCUUUCCUCCUCUGUAGUGCCCUGCCACUUUAAAGAACCGGUACCUCAAGAAACAUCUGUCAGUUUGCACUCCUUCUGUGUAAAGUGUACCUAUUAUGCCAGCAGCUGCAGGACCAUAGUUUAUUGAAAUUAUGUGCAUAAACAUUUGUAAACAGUGUUUAAAACUACAAAUGUGUUUGUUAAGAAAACGGGCAUUUUUGAAUAUUUGAUAUUUUUUGCACAUUUUUAUUUGGUAAUGUAAAUGAUAACUUGUUGAACACAUCCAGCAGAUUUAACCAGGGCUUUGCCAGUCAACAUGUCAGAGCUGUUUUACUUUUCAUAGUUGCAGCAGAAAUGGUGACUUGUACAUUUUUUUAACAAACGAACAGUUGCCCAGGCAAAUGAAAUCAGUCAUGUGGGUUAAAAGCAGCCUGGGUUCCCACCUGGGUUCAGUCACCAGAUGGCGCUCUACUCCUGCACUAUAAAGACUCUUUUCACUGCUUUUUCCAAGUGAUUCAGCCUCAGCACGGCUAGCUGGACUGUUGUAACCCCCCCCCCCCCCCCCACCUUUUUUUUUUUUUUUGCGUUGUGCGCUCACUGCUCAUCAAAGAAUUAGAGUGCUUCGUAAUGCUGGUAUAAUUUGGCUCUUCAGUUAAGUUUUUUUUUUUAAUAGUAACUUCUACACACUGGGCAGGGAUUGAGACAUCCUCUACACAAAAAUCCGAAUGUGCAGAAGUUCCUGUGUAGUUCCUUUGGUGAGGUUGCCAGCAGUGUGUGUGUAUAUAUUAAUAUAUAUGUAUACUGAUAAGGCAGUGGUUGGUUCACCUUCUUCUGUCUGUACUGUGCUGUGCUAUUCGCCUGUGUUUCACUAGUGUUAUAAUCAUCCAGACUUUACUGAUUUCAUUUGACCACUGUUUAAUUAUCCUGCCUAUUCUUCUUUCCUUUAUUAGUUUUCAUUCAAAUUCGGCGUCGUUCCUGACAUAAUUCCCAAAUCACAGUUUGACAUUUUAGUCAACAAUUAAAUGGCGACUGCCCUUAUCAAAAUGAGGUCUGACUGUAAAUGCUUUCUUUAUUCUUGGAGGAACUGCAAAAUUCUUUUACACUUCUUUUUUUAUAUAUAUAUUUAUAGUCUCUUAUGCUGGGUUUGGGCAGGUUCGGAGGAUUCACAUGUAAAGAAUUUCCAAUAAAGGCUAUGGACGAAGACGGUAGUUCUCCCUGUUUUAUUUGUGUUGAGCUGACAAGUGUCCCCCAGGUCAGACUGACAGACAUCACUGCCAUCUGUAAACCGUGUGACUAGACGAUGAACAGGGAGGGAAAUGACGUGACAGCCCAGUUCUGUCUACUUUUUAAUAAAAUAUCAAACUUA